GCCGCCGCCGCUGCUGCUGCUGCCGCCGCCGGAGGGAAGAGCCGGGCGCGGCCCCGGAUACCGCCGAGGAGCCGCCGCCAUGAACAGCGUGGGAGGCGCCGACGAGAUCGGAAAACUGUUUGUGGGUGGCUUGGACUGGAGUACAACACAAGAAACUCUUCGUAGCUACUUCUCCCAGUAUGGAGAAGUUGUAGACUGUGUAAUAAUGAAAGACAAAACAACAAACCAGUCUCGAGGAUUUGGAUUUGUCAAAUUUAAAGAUCCCAACUGUGUGGGAACAGUACUGGCCAGUAGACCUCAUACGUUAGAUGGCCGAAAUAUUGAUCCAAAGCCAUGUACACCUAGGGGGAUGCAACCAGAAAGGACACGACCGAAGGAAGGAUGGCAGAAAGGAUCCAGGAGCGAUAACAAUAAAUCAAAUAAAAUUUUUGUUGGUGGGAUUCCUCAUAACUGUGGCGAGACAGAGCUCAGGGAAUACUUCAAGAAAUUCGGAGUGGUCACUGAAGUUGUAAUGAUCUAUGACGCAGAGAAACAGAGGCCCCGAGGUUUUGGAUUUAUUACUUUCGAGGACGAACAAUCAGUGGACCAGGCUGUCAACAUGCAUUUUCACGACAUCAUGGGCAAAAAAGUGGAGGUGAAACGCGCAGAACCUCGUGAUAGCAAAAGCCAAACUCCAGGGCCACCCGGUGCCAGUCAGUGGGGAAGCAGGAUCAUGCCAAGUGCUGCCAAUGGCUGGGCAGGUCAGCCCCCUCCGACCUGGCAACAAGGCUAUGGCCCUCAAGGGAUGUGGGUGCCAGCUGGACAGGCAAUUGGUGGAUAUGGACCACCUCCUCCAGGAAGAGGAGCUCCUCCACCACCACCACCAUUUACCUCAUACAUAGUCUCUACACCUCCUGGAGGGUUCCCACCUCCACAAGGAUUUCCACAGGGCUAUGGCACCCCUCCACCAUUUAGUUUUGGUUAUGGUGCUCCACCUCCUCCACCUGACCAGUUUGCCCCGCCUGGAGUACCCCCUCCACCUGCCACUCCAGGGGCAACACCACUAGCUUUUCCACCACCACCACCACCAUCUCAGGCAACUCAGGACAUGAGCAAACCCCCAACUGCUCAGCCAGAAUUCCCUUAUAGUCAGUUUGGGUACGGACAAGACUUGAGUGGUUUUGGACAAGGUUUCUCUGAUCCCAGCCAGCAACCCCCUCCCUACGGAGGCCCCUCGGUGCAACCAUCAAGUGGCCCACCUGCAGGAGGAAGUGGUUUUGGACGAGGACAGAACCAUAACGUGCAAGGAUUUCACCCCUACCGGCGCUAGCGCGGGCUGGCAAUCAGGGAAUUCUGUCCACACAGGGAUGUCUGGUACCAGCUGAACCCAGGAAUCCCAGACUUCUGAACUUGUGACAAUCACAUACUUGAUGGAAGAAAAACCUAACAACAUU